CUAACCCUGUAUCUCACUUUAGCAAAGGUUUAGUUCCAGUGAUUGUAUAUACAGUGUUGGGGUAAAGGGACUCCAGAAGGCAGACAAGGCUCGACUCCAGACUCUAGUUGAAGUAACAGAAGAGAGAGGAGUGUCCAGUGUUUAGUUGACUCCAGACUCUAGCGAAGCAGAAGGGAGAGGAGUGACGUUGUCGACUCCAGACUCUAGCGUAGCAGAAGGGAGAGGAGUGACGUUGUUUUAGUGAUCCCACAGAUUCCAGUCGACAGAUACUAUCUGUGUUCUGUGACGUGGAAAGAGUGGGUUUUGUUUUAUAGUUAUCAGUUCCAGUUUUACUUGAAGUCCUCAUCAUUCAGAAGUCCCUCAUAUAGUAAGAAGAACAUCAUCAUCAGGAGUAGUAGUUUUAAUUUAAUAGUAGUUUAAUCUAAUAGUAAAAAAGACAUUGUUUAGUUUAGUAUUGAAAUGUGUUUUAACUAUUAGUCAGAGCAGAGUAGUGUGAGUUACUGAGUCACACCAUAUCAAUCAUUCACUAUUUAAGAGAGUACAUUGUAGAGUAACAAGGUUACUUUUGACACAAGAUUUGUAUAACCUCUUUAUUCAUCUAAUUUGUAUUUAUAAUAAUUGAGUAUUAUUUGUUAUUUAAUUAACCCAAGAACAGGGUUCCAACAGUGGUAGCAGGAAGAACUACGUUACACCGGACCGCAUUUAUUUUUUGUAUAUUUUAACUAACACUUAACACCUAACACCCGAUUUCAGCUUUCAGAUUCUUCUACAUCCAUCAUGGGAAGUGACAAAGUACCUGUUCUCGAUGAGAAGUCCAACUAUUCAGAUUGGAAACGGAGAGUUCAGUGGUGGAAGAAGGUAACCACGGUCAAGCCUGAAGCAGGAGCAGCUGCAUUAAUCAUGCAUAUGUCCGGAAAGCCAGAAGCUGUGGCUAUACAGCUAGACGUGGAUGAGUUAUCCAAAGAUGGAGGAAUAGAUGUUCUCAUUAAGGAACUGGAUAAGUUAUAUGAAAAAGACCAGACACAGUCAGUCUUUACAUCCAUUGACAGUUUCAUGAACUACAGAAGACCCAAGGAAGUUACCAUGGAAGAGUAUGUGAGAGAAUUUAGCCAUCGUUACAAGAGCCUUGUGCAGAAGCGUGGUACUACUGUGGUAUUUGAAGAUGGAGUACUAGCGUACUUCCUUUUACAUCAUGCUAAUCUCUCGGACCAUCAAAAGACGUUGAUCAGGGCAACGGUCUCUAAGUUAAGCUACGAGAAUAUGGAAUCCCAGCUUAAGAGAGCAUACGGAGAAGAUUAUACUAAUACAUCUUCUUCUUCAUCAAGCGCAAGCAGCGCAAGCGGUGAAACAUAUUCCAUCGGAAAACCAAAGAUUAAAGAAGAGCCUGUAAAUACUUAUUUUCAACAGUACGACAUGAAUAAUUCAGAACAUUUUGGUGAUGACCAGAGCAACCAGGAGGAAGACCCUCAGAAAGUUUUUUAUCAACAAAGACACCACCAACACAGGGAUUUUUAUUCAUCUAAGAGACCUUUCGGACAAAGGCCCUUCGGACAAAGACCUGCGUUUCAAGGACAGAGUUCAGGAAACGUGUAUCAACAAGCUCCAUUUAGAUCCAGACAAGGAGCACAAGCCCAACAAUCAGGACCCUUACGUUGUCAUAUUUGUAAGGAAACAGACCAUUUGAUGAGAGACUGUAAGUACAACACAUUUGGAGAGAAGAAGCUUACAUUCUUUGAGUCUGACUUUAAACUAAAAGACGAAGACAAGUGUCUUAUGGGAGAAUCGACAAAUAGAGCACUUUUAGAUACAGGUGCUAGUUCCACAGUGUGUGGGAAGAAAUGGCUGACAGCCUUCGAGGAAUCUCUCACAUCAGCUGAACAUGAAGAGGUCAAAGUGACUCCUUGUGAGAAGAAUUUUUGUUUCGGGGAUGGAGAUGCAGUUACAGCCAGGAUACAAAAAGCACUCCCAGUAACAAUAUGUGGUCAGAAAGUAACUUUAAACGUGUUUAUUGUGGAAAAUGAUAUUCCUUUGUUACUGUCUAGAGAGUCCAUGAAAAAGAUGAAGAUGAAGAUCGAUACUGAAACUGACAAAGUUUAUGCUUUCGGAGGAGAAGAGAAUCUAGUGAUCACUAAGUCAGGACACAUGAUGAUACCCAUAGGACGAUGUGAAAGUUCUAUCAGCCAAACAGAUUCUGGAAGAACUAAUCAUGCAACAGAAAUUAAGGUCCGUCCUGUUUUAGAGGAGAAGAUUACAUCGCCAUGGUCACUAAGUGACGAUGAAAGUGAUCAAGAGGAGGAGUUAGAAACAUUCAGUGGAGGUGACCUUGAGAUUGUGCAAGACAGGGAGUCAGAAAGUGAUCUAGAAGGAGAGCCAGAGGAUCAUGGAACUGUGAGUUCAGUUUCAGGGAACGUGAAUCAAGACAGUGAUCUAGCAAGUGAGCUAGAGGACCAUGGAGUUGUGAGCUCAGUUUCAGGUAAUGUGGAUCAAGACAGUGAGCCAGAAAGUGAGCCAGAAAUUGAGACAGAAAUUGAGCCAGAUGACCAUGGAACUGUAAGUUCAGUUUCAGGGAGUGUGAAUCUGUCAGAUCUGUCAGUGAAUCAGUCGGAUUGGGAAAGUGUGUGUCAAACCAGAACAGGCGUGGGUGUAAAGAAGAAUAACAUUAUCAGGUUCAGAUCCUCGGAGAGUGAUGAUUGGAAUAAUGCCUUGGUGAUAGGUAGAGCCGGGAAACCUACAGGGAAGAACAAAAAUCUUUACAAUGUACGACUGGACGAGUCAAACGGUGAACCCGUAUCAGUUGAGUUGGAUAACUCUGUACAAGUGCAGAGGUUAAAGAUUGUUCAGGAUGUCUCACGAAGAGAGGUGCAGUUUUCAGCAAGCUCGCUUAAGUCAUAG